AGUCUGUGUAACGCAAACACCGCUAUCCGGAGCUUGUAGCCUCCUCCCCGCGGAGCGCCAAUGUACGACGGGCCUGAGAAGCGCGAUUAAAUCAGGCUAAAUUUAGAGCAUUGUGUGUACGGGUCAGUAGGUCUUCAAUAUUUUAAUAGCUGCAGGCUAUAUUGGCAUGGCAUGUUCUCGCCUACCGGUUAGAAAGAAGUAUCGAGCCCCAAAUAGCAUCUACCUAGCCACCGCAGAUCUUUCUGGUUGAUGUUUCAAGCUGGAAUCUUGCUCGGCUGGAUUGUGGACAGCAAUGGAUAAAAACAGCAAAGCAGUGUCAACCAGGCGACGAAUGUUUCGCAAGUUCCAAUGCUCCUGCAGCCGUUCACGAGUUUCGUUCGUCUUUGUCACUUUCUUAGCUCUCUGUUUCUUACUAGGAUCUUACUUGCAAAUCAGAGAUGACUCAGAAUCAGAAAAGGCGCACUUAAACUACGCAGGUGCAAAAUAUGCACAGAGAACAUUUCUUGAACCCCUUACCAAGACGAUUGUGCAAGAAACGGGACUUGGACAAGUCGAGAAAGAGGUCCAAGGAAUUCUAAAGGAACAUGGCCACGCGUUGGCCAAUGACGAACCCGAAUCAUUAUCAAACAUUGCCAAGGAACAGCCUGAACAAGAACUGACACUCAAACGCCUCCUUGCGGCCGAAAAAUGCCCUGCAUGUUUCGGAGAAUCGCUUUGCGAACAGGCAAACUCAGGCCUUAUUACAGUGGAUGUAGCCAACAGAAAACUGGAGCAUAAAGGUGUAUACUUUGGACGUUUUAGAGAUAUAGAUAUAGUAGCCAAACGGCUUGCUAGAACUCCUAAUUGGAAACAGUUGGACGAGUUUAUAUGUCAGAAUGCUAGCAUGUCAGGACAUUGUGAUGUCUCAAAAAUGAUAUCUAAAACAAUACUUGUGACAGAUGAUGCUCUUAAGUUGUCAUGGCUACGGGAUGCCUGGCGAAUCGCCCAUAAAGAUGAACAGAUUGCGUUCGAGUCUUGUAUGACCGUCAAACAUAUUGAAGAGCUCAAGAAAGUGUACGAUCAGAACGCAGACGGACAAUCGAGUAAGACCGAACAAGCUUACAUGAUGACCUCACUUCUACUGAACCCAGAGGCUGCAGUACUGAAUUAUUUCGCUAGUCGGCGUGACCGAGAAUGGCCCUUUCCGAAGUACCUUGGAGCAUGCGGACGGGUCAUCUUUGUGGAGAACGGUGGAAAGCUCCUUGAUGUCAGCCUUGAAUCCCCAUGGAAACAAAGAGCCAAUCUAGCCGUGCAACUCUUAGACAUGAUUGACACCUUCCGAAACGGCGAUCCUGAUUGGAUCGUGAUGUUCCUCGACUUCCGUUACGAGAACUUCGCAGUUGACCAAUACGGACGCUUGAAGCUAAUUGAUUUUGAUGGAGUCGUUUUGAUUGACAGGGAAGACAGCGAUGGUGAGGAGAACAAAGAACGAUAUAAUAUGGAGGGUUUUAAAGGAUUUCUUUCUGAAAUAGAGAAAGAUGGCCGUUGUAUGCAAGUAACUCGGUACUCUCAAAUGAUGUAUGCUUUGGCCUGUGUACGAUUGUUGUCGUACUUGCCUGAGCACCGGUUAAAAAGUGGCGAACAUCAUCGGUCGAAAAAUUAUGUCAGACCGCCUGGGCUCUUGUGGGGGCCCCCAGAACACGAGUCAAAGGCGAUAGAAGCGUUACUGAGAGGCUGUGUCGAGGAAAAAGUAGUAGGCGGUCGACUGAACACAGUUCAGGAACUGAAAGCACUUCUGCGACAGAAUGUAAAAUGAUUGUACUACAAACGUUUCCUUUCUUGUAGACAGACAUUGAAAUUUGCCUAGCAAAAAUGUUUUGCAAGAAUAUUCUAACAUAUACUGCGGUAUACUAGGGUUUCACUUAAUUGUGUUUUAUAUCAUGUAUGUUUGUGUGACUAUUGCUAUUUCAUUUUUCCGCUGGGAUGUUUAUUUUUCUUGGGUGAUAUGGGCGCGCAGGCCAUGCCAUCACGACCAGGGUUCGUGCAAGUCAGUCGAUUCACUUGGUAACCUGAGGGUUGCCAUAACGGUACAUACAGAGAGGGAGAGAGGAAAGAUUUGAAUAAAUUGAUUCCGCAAUAAGUGA